AUUUUCAAAGAUAAUAUGAAAAACAGAAAUGUAGAUGAUCCUCUGGAACAAGCUAUCAGAUUUCUCCAACCUCUCCAGACAUUGGCGAAAGAUAGGAUAGAAACACAUCUAAUGGCGUUUGAACUUUAUUAUCGAAAAAAAAGAGUCCUCUUGAUGCUCCAGUCACUGAAACGUGCCCACCAAGUCGAUCCGAAACAUCCGAAAGUGCACAGCUGUCUGAUCCGUUUCUCCCAGUUCAUAAACGAAAUCAGAAGCAGUUGGGAUCCUAGGGUGGAGGAGGUCGUCCUCAAGGAAUCCAAAUUAUUUUUCAACGGCAAGGACGCACACAAACUCAACAAGGAAUUCCUGGAGAAUAACUCGGACAGUUUGCGUGCUGUUUUAGAAGGAGCUAAAAUGAUGUAUCAUCUCGACAAUAAGAGUCAAAGCCAAGCCAUCGAAUUGGUUACUAGUCUGGACAAUAAAUAUCAAGAUGUAAAUAUUCAAGUUUGUACAGAAAUCUUAAAUUCUCUAAGAAAAGGCAACUUUGGCAGUUGCGAUGCUCAAUUAGAAGAAUUCGUCAAAAAGUGUAAUUCAAGAUUCCCGUACACAGCGGCAUUCAAACCGCCUUCAGAGAUAGUCCCGCCUAGCGAGUCGAAUCACGUUUCGCCCGAUCAAGACGGCUACAACAGCAACUGAUGGCCGCACGAUCGAGAGCAUUUGACCGUUGCUGCUGAUAUCUCGCAGGGAAACAACAAGUGGUGUCUUAUCUGUGAGAGUGUGGACAUUUAACCGAUAGUGUUUUUUUAUGAAAUUUAUUAAUUAAGUUAUUGUGGUAUCAGGUGUACCUCAGGACUCGAUUAUAAAAUAUCUACAAAUUGUGCACAGUAGGGUCAACGGAUCGCUUCACGUGCGACAUUGAUUUGUGAUAAGGUGGCAAAGUUGUGAAAGCGGAAGCGAUGUGGCUACUGUUCUAAACAACCUAAUCUUCUUAAAAAAAAUGCCUUUAUUUAUGAAGUUCACUAAUAAGUAACCUUUUGUUACGAUUGUGGCCCAAUUUCAGAAAAGUCUUCACUAUUUUGACGAUUAUCCUGCAAUUGCGUUAUAUUUCAUUUUCCAACUUCAACAUCUGUCAAUUCAAAUGAAAAUAAAACCACCUAUUGGAUUUUUCUCGUGCACCAUUUCUUGUCACUUCUUAUUCUGUGCUAAAUAUGUAGCAGUUUGAGCAUUUGUCAUCUCGUCUUCCUCAAUCUUUCUUUUUUUACUGAACUUUUGCCAUCCAUACUUGUUUGCAUAACUAUCUCUCUUGAAUAUUCCGAGUUCAAGCCAUCAUCCGCAUUAGAGCCAUCUCUGAUUGAAUGUAAAAGUUAUUUAUUUUUCACUUUUAGAAGAAAGGGAUACAAUAUAAAAGUAUGUGUUUUAAGCCACAUAUUUUAUUUUUAUGACGCAUGUGUAAUGAUUCGUUGUUCCAAGUGUAUAUUACCUUUCCUUUUUUUAUUUGUACAUUUACUGUAAAUUAUUUCAAUUUACGAUUCACGGCGGAAAGUAGCUUACCAGACAAAGUGUGGGGCAAUAUCGACUUUCUUUUGAAUAUCGAGAGCUUUUUACUCACUGUUUUUUAAAUUUUAUAUGGAACGUUGCAUAUUGCAACGUUUGAUUCGAUGAUGAUGAUAAUGGUAACGUACGGAUUUCUGUGUGACGUUGGCAUGAUUUUAAAAAUGUAUUCUUGGAUUUCCACUACUAGCGUGUUCAUAGUGCUGUCGAUUUGACGAAUAGUUUUUGCUGACACUACUGGGACGCCAACAGAAAGUCGAUCUGGGAGUUGUACUUAUUGAUUAAUUUGUCAUAUGGAACUGAUUUUUGCUAAUGGGAGUAAUAUUUGAAUGUUACGGAAUAAUUAGUCCGGUAAAAUUUAGUUUUUUGGCUCUCACUUUUUUUUAAUAUAUUUGACAAUUCUAACUGUCAGUUGUAACAAAAAAAAUGAUGUCGUUCUACAGCACCUUUGUAGAAAAUGAACUAUAUUUGAAAUAAAAUGGCAAACAUAAUGAAAAAAGGAACCACUCACUUGUUAGUUACCAAAACAGGAUGGAACAAAGAUCGUUUAGUAAGAGAGAAAAACUAAUAUACUAAAAAACUGGUGAUGAAUCUGAAGUUAAAACUUGAUGCUCUAGUCUACUUUCAGAUCUCGUGCUGCAGUCCUUUAUUCACUCACCUCUUUUUUUUUCAUACAAACUGAUUAGUUUUCCUAAAAUUGUAUCUUCCAGCAAACUGCCUCAUAAUUUUUUUUGGUCAUCAAAUGCUUUGGUGAUUAGCCUCGUGUUCUGUGUAGGCCAUGUUAAUAACUCCCCAAGUCACCAUGUUCAUCACAACUGCAACUAGAUGAAUUAUCUCAAGAAAAAUAUCUUGUCGAGGUAGAAACGAACUCACGACCUUUUGAUCAUGGGCCCAUUCACCCCUACCAUAAUUAUUUAUGAAACUCAAUGAUACUUUUACAAAGAACUUUUGUAUUGGAAAAAUUAUAUGACCAACAAAAAGUUGAAAAUGACACCUGUUUCUUUGUCAUGUAGGAUGUACCUUCCAUAAUUGCUGUCAUGUUUGUAGUUUGUGUAGUUUUUUUAUUUGAAUUAACAAAAUAUAUUCAUUUGCGGCAGUAAACUAAAAUGUAAAUUGGUAUAUUCAUAGUUAUAACUAUAAAACAUCAUCUAUAAGCAGCAACCUAGUCUCGUGUAUACUUUGCAAACAGAAGAUGUCUGCACAUUACAUUUGUUGCAAAUAUUUAUUGAGUAUAUAAUGGUUAGUGAAACGACCUGUGAAUCUAACCUAGUUCAACGAAUGCAAAGAAAAUGCAAAGAAAAAUUCUUUCACAAAGAAUGCUCAAUAUAUGAUGUUGAAUUUACCGUUGGCUAGGAUAUGUUACAGGUUAGUUAGUUACAGGUUAUGAUAAAAUCGUAAAAACAUUUGAAAUGAGUAAAUGAAUGUUUGCCGCAUACUCGAGCAAAAAAAGGCAUUUUAUGGUUUUUUCAAUAUAUUCCACUAUGGAGUGGUCUUAUUUUGAAAUGUAGACGGGAGCGUCAAAUGUUGACUUCAUAUUGGUAAUCAGAAAACAAAUACACCUAAGUAUGGUCUCAAAUGUUUCGAAAAUUAGCGCGAGUCCGAAAAAUAAAUUUUAUCGUUGGUCCUUCAUAUAGACACUAUAUUAUAAAUCAGUAUAUGGUUUAUAAAAUCGAGUUUUGAAAAAAUUACAUUUGUGCUACAGCUAAUUUCUCCUGCGAGUGGGAUUAAGAUUACCACAUUUUAUCUUCUACGAGUCAAUUACUUUCUCGUAUUAUUUUUUUUUUAUCGAAAAAGUACCAUCAGUCAGUAUCUUCAUUGACAAAAUCAUUAUACCUGUGAAAUAAUCAUAUUAUUUUCAAAUUUUUCCAUCCACUCCUUGCGUCUUGUGUUUCCUUUUCCAGUUAAACAUCACCGUAACAUUGGUUAUAUUUUUAUUCUCUCUCCUCCUAAAUGACCUUCGUUCCAUUCUGUUUUGGUUACUAACAAGUGAGUGGUUCCUUUUUCCAUUAUGUUUGCCAUCUCUUCAUUUCAAAUAUGGUUGUUUUCAUUUUCUACGAAGGUGUUGAAGAAUAACAGAAUUUUUUCUGUUACAAUCGAUAAUUUCAAUUGCCAAUUAUGUGUCCUCGAUAGUUCAAAUUAUCUUUCUGCUGUAAUCAAAAGUUCAAACUGUCAACUGUCUGUUGUUGACAGUUUCAGCUGCCGAUCAUAGUUAAGUGACAGAUUAAAAAGUCGAGUAGGGCUAAAAACAGUAUGGACGUCUCUAUUGUUUAAAAUUUUUCUUUGGCUAAUAUUUUAUGUCGUUUUUCAUAUAUUUUAGCAAUUGAUAUAUCACUGGUUGUAUUUUUUUUCCUACAUCUAAUUGACUGAUUUUUUUGCUUCAUUCUUCAAAAGGCCAAAUCCGAAAUAUCUCUUUGUUCAUUCGACAUUCAUCAAAUAUAAUAUUGUUAUAAUUGAAAUUACUACCUCUUAUUCCUUCAUGGUUUUCUUUCUCAUGAUCUUCCAUCUUCUCCAAUUAUUCAUUUCCAAUUUAUUGUAACAUUGGUUUUCCUUUUUCUUUUCCAUUAUCACAUAUUUCUCUCUGUGCCAUAAUUUAUUUUUCAUUCCACUCUGUUUUCUGUCCUGUGGAUGCAGGGUCCUAUUAAUACAAACGGUGAUUAUAAAUGAAAUAAUAAUCGAACAAGUUACCUCCAUAAUUACUUUGUCAAAACAAAAAACAAAGCUGUUGCUUUGUAAUUUUUCCGGCUUCUGUUCUGUAUUGAUGAAACUUGGUUUUCACUUUCAUUUUAUUUCUUUGCAAAACCUCUGAACAAUAUCAUGGACUCCAUCCUGAGAAAUAUGCUGUUGCACAUUCGAUUUAUUCCUAGCGUAAAUGAUAUCAAAAAUACUGUGAUACAAACUCGUUUAAUCAAUCAACCGAACAAAUGCUACUGUUCGUUCUUGAUUAUUUGAAAAUGGAGGAAUUUAAAAUGGAAAGAAAUUUAGAUAUAUAUCAUCAGUUUUUCGUUUAUUUUUCAUACCAUCGAACUAGGGAACUGGGUUUUGGAUGUUUUGUACUGGGUUUUGGAUGGUACUACUAGGUGUGAUUUUCAUUGAGUUAUAAUUAUUUAUAUUCCAUCUGAAAAGACUGCAAAAACCAAAAAUAAUUAUAAUUUUUCUGCCAUUUUCGGUGAUAUAAAACGAUUUCACUGAUUAUGUACUAUCUUGAUUAUUACCUGUGAGAAAAUAAAACCAAGAGGAUAUUCCAUCUACCUAUUGAAAGGGAUGAGCAAAUUUGAUAUUUGGAAUUUGGCCACUUGCUUUUUCUGCAAAUGCAUUCAUCAUUUGAACAGAGUUUUUUUUAUUGAGCAGUUGAAAGUUCAGUACAUGAUGAUGAUGUAGUGUCAGCAAAAUGAUUCUGAGCCGCAGUCAUCUAUCCAUAUAUUUAAUUGAUUUUGUAGAUAAACAAUUCGUACUGAUGUUAUUCAGUACAUAAUCAACAUUGUAAAUUUUGGUUAAUAAAAAAAUUGAGCAAAUUUCC